CACACAACGCGCAAUCAAGCACAUAGUUGUUCUAGCAGGGGGUAUCUCUUUGCCCCACACAGGAUCAUCCAACCUUACGUUGCUGGCAAAAGUUUCAAUCAAAAAUCUCUCUCCCGACCCGAUUUAUCAUUAUUUCAUCACUAACUCAAAUUCAUUCAACCAUUUCAUAGACUCCGCGGGGAAGAAGAAAAACAUUAAAAAAAAAAAUCAAAAUCAAAAUCGAAAUUUCACAAAUUAGGUUAUUGAAUCAUCUUUUUUAGGGUUUAGUCGAUUGAGAUUAGUGAUCAAUGGCGGAAGAAACGACUUCAACAGCUCAACAACCGACGACCUCAUCAUCAUCACCAUUAGGUCAUUCAGUAAUACCAAUCGUGAAUAAACUACAAGAUAUAUUUGCACAAUUGGGAAGUUCAUCAACGAUUGAAUUACCACAAGUUGCUGUUGUUGGAAGUCAAAGUAGUGGUAAAUCAAGUGUUUUAGAAGCUUUAGUUGGCAGAGAUUUUCUACCCAGAGGUUCUGAUAUUUGUACAAGAAGACCAUUGGUUUUACAAUUGUUGCAGACUAAACGUAAAUCUGAUGGUGGACCUGAUGAAGAGUAUGGAGAGUUCUUGCACUUGCCUAAGAAGAAGUUCUUUGAUUUCUCUGAUAUUCGCAGAGAGAUUCAGGCUGAAACAGACCGAGAAGCAGGAGGCAACAAGGGUGUUUCAGACAAACAGAUCCGCUUAAAGAUAUACUCACCAAAUGUUCUAGAUAUUACAUUGGUGGAUUUACCUGGAAUAACAAAGGUUCCAGUAGGCGAUCAGCCAUCUGAUAUCGAGGCCAGAAUAAGAACAAUGAUACUAUCAUAUAUCAAACAUCCAAGCUGUUUAAUUUUAGCAGUUACACCAGCAAAUGCUGAUUUGGCGAAUUCAGAUGCACUUCAGAUUGCAGGAACUGCUGAUCCUGAUGGUUAUCGGACUAUUGGUGUAAUUACCAAGCUGGAUAUCAUGGACAGAGGAACUGAUGCCCGCAACUUCUUGCUUGGAAAAGUUGUCCCUUUAAGACUCGGUUAUGUUGGUGUUGUGAAUCGUAGUCAGCAGGAUAUCAUGCAGAAUCUGAGUAUCAAGGAUGCACUUGCCCAAGAAGAGAGCUUCUUUCGCAGUCGACCUGUGUACAAUGGCCUUGCUGACCGGUGCGGUGUCCCUCAAUUAGCUAAGAAGUUGAACCAGAUUUUAGUGCAACAUAUUAAAACAGUGCUUCCAGAGUUGAAGUCACGCAUAAGUUCUUCACUGGUGGCUGUGGCGAAGGAGCAUGCUAGCUAUGGGGAAAUAACAGAAUCAAAAGCUGGUCAGGGAGCACUUCUACUGAACAUUCUUUCAAAAUUUUCUGAGGCUUUCACUUCCAUGGUAGAAGGAAAAAACGAGGAAAUGUCAACAUCCGAGCUCUCUGGAGGAGCACGAAUUCACUACAUUUUCCAAUCAAUCUUUGUGAAGAGUCUAGAAGAAGUGGAUCCAUGUGAUGAUCUAACUGAUGAUGACAUCCGCACAGCUAUUCAAAAUGCUACUGGUCCUAGAUCUGCUUUAUUUGUACCUGAGGUGCCAUUUGAAGUUCUUAUACGAAGGCAGAUUGCUCGUUUGUUAGAUCCAAGCCUGCAGUGUGCGAGAUUUAUCUAUGAUGAAUUAGUAAAGAUGAGUCAUCGCUGCCUGGUGAACGAGUUGCAAAGGUUCCCUACUCUCAGAAAGCGCAUGGAUGAAGUUAUAGGAAAUUUUUUGCGAGAAGGCUUAGAACCUUCUGAGACUAUGAUUGGACACCUUAUUGAAAUGGAGAUGGAUUAUAUAAACACCUCGCACCCAAAUUUCAUUGGUGGGAGUAAAGCUGUGGAGUCUGCGCUGCAGCAGGUCAAGUCGUCAAGGGUAUCUGCAACUAUGCCUAGACUAAAGGAUGGGACUGAAGCUGAUCGAGGGUUAGCAUCUGAGAAAGCUCAGAAAUCUCGAGGUAUUCUUGCUAGAUCACCUGCGAACGGAAUUGUUACUGAUCAGAUACCUCGACCUGUGAUGGACGCAGAGAAAAACAGAUUAGCUGGAAAUAAUCCCAGUUCAAGUUGGGGGAUUUCAUCUAUUUUUGGUGGGAAUGAGAACCGUAUAUCUGCGAAAGAUAACUCAAUGAGCAGGCCAUACAGUGAGCCCGUUCCCAACAUGAUGGAGCACAAUGUGAUGGAGCACGCCCUAUCUAUGAUCCAGUUGAGAGAGCCCCCAAGUGUUUUGAGACCGCCAGAAACCCGUUCAGAGCAGGAGGCAAUUGAAAUCGCAGUUACCAAGUUGCUUUUGAGAUCGUACUAUGACAUUGUCAGGAAGAAUAUUGAAGAUUCAGUGCCCAAAGCAAUUAUGCACUUUCUGGUCAACCAUACCAAACGAGAUCUUCACAAUGUAUUCAUUAAAAAACUUUACAGAGACAACCUUUUCGAGGAGAUGCUGCAAGAACCUGAUGAGGUGGCAAUGAAAAGGAAGCGCACUCGAGAAAUGCUUCGUGUUCUGCAACAGGCUUUCCGGACAUUGGAUGAAUUGCCAAUGGAAGCUGAAACAAUAGAAAAGGGUUACAGUUUGGGUACCGAUCCAACCGGUUUGCCAAAGAUACAUGGACUCCCGUCAUCAUCGUCAUCGUUUUAUUCACCAGGUAGUAGCAAUGAUUACAAUUCUUACAGUUCUCCAAAGAACCCCAGGUCCCGGAAAUCAUCUCAUUCGGGGGAAUUGAACUCACCAUUGAAUGCAAACAUGGAUAAUGGAAAUUCACGACAAGGCAUAUUGGGGUCUUCUUAUUCAUCUUUUGACAUGUAGGCGUCUGGAAACAGCACAUGGGAUGUACUGUUAACGUUGUUAUUAACUCAUAUUUGUUUUGGUCGGUGCCCUUCAUCUGCAAAGGUGUUCAUCGGUCCCACCUUCAUAUCUUUGUUCCGACAACGAUACGGACCAAAUAAAUAAUAGUGUUGAGAGUUUACCCUUGUUUUAUGUGAAUUCUCUGUAAGAAAUUUGUUUCGUUGGUCGAGGGAUCCUUGCUGGUGGAUUUGAUUGAGCUGCUUCAUCCAUCUUUUUGGGGUAAGGGAACACGUCGCCCUUGUCAGCCACUUAGUUGAGAAUAGCUAAACUGUGUCCUGUUACUGUCUUUGUGGCUUGUUUUAUAUGGUCACUGCAAAGUCGAAAGGCCAACUUGACACGAUCAGGUGUGUGGUUUAGGAUUUGGAUAUAGGGCUGUUUUUGAUUUCUAGUUCAGAACACCCCAAUCAGCAGUGAUGGAUACGGUUCUGAGGUUAAGUAGUUCCCAAGAAUUUUGUAACGAAACAAGUAGUCCUUUUGUGAUCUUCUGAAACUGGCUAGUAUGUAUCAUUUUUUGUUUUUGGUUUCCUUCUUUCCAAACCUGAGGAUGCCUAGUUAUCAAAGUUGGCUUAUGCAUUUUAUUAUCACUGUAUAUUCUUUC